AUGCUUUUUUGUGGCUGUCGAGAAAUAUCGAAUUUUCCCUGGAAGUUUACAACAGUUGCGCUAAUUUAUGGGGAUGUGCUUCGGACAGUGCUGAAUGAUCUCAUCGGUAUCCAACAUCGUGCUCCGAACAACGGAACAUAUGGACGUUUGCAUGAAAUUCUUACUUAUCCACCCGUAAAUGGCGUGAAAUCAAAGGCAAAACCUGUUGAGAAGUGCUCGCCGUUUGCUCAGUUUCCAGACAUGGAAAAAUCGGUUGCUUUCUCGUCUUCAAAUUGUUUCAAAUCCAUACCAGCAAGUUCAUUUGCAUACUUCAAUAGCAAAAUACCGUACUGUUACGUGAAUAUGUGCUCAGUUACUGCACUUAUUGCACCUUCACAAGAAAUAGGUUUGUUUGUGUUUUUCAAUGCAGCUGAGCACAUAGUGCACGAUAUCAAUCCCUCACUUUCUGUCUUUAUCAGGUCAUCCACGGGCUGUGUACGAAACACUAACAGAUUUCGAAUUAAGCAAACAAGCGAAUCCUUGGGAGAAUUAUGGAAGUAA